AAAAUAUAGCACUUCUUUAGCAGGCCAUUUUUUUUUAUUUCAUUUUUAUUCUACUUUAUUACCAUUAGCUCAUGUUUCUCCUUUCCGAGCUUGAAGAUACCGUGAAGAUUGUACCAAAUGACUUUAGAAAGAGUACAACUGAGGCCAUUACAGGCGUGCUGAAUGAAAAGUUUGCCAACAAAGUUGUUCAAGAGGUUGGCUUGUGCAUUUGCGUACGUGACAUUAUAGAAGUAUCGGAAGCACACAUUCUCUACGGUGAUGGAUGCACCUACACAAAAGUUAAAUUUAGACUGGUAGUAUUUAAACCUUUUGUGGGAGAAGUGUUGACUGGAAAAAUCAAAAGCUGUUCACCAAGCGGUGUUCGAGUUACUAUGGGUUUCUUUGAUGACAUUCUUAUCCCUGCACCUACUCUUCAGGUCGGAUCUGAAUUUGAUGCAGCAGAACAAGUUUGGGUAUGGAAUUAUGAUGGAGAAAAAUUGUUUAUGGAUGUGGAGGAACCUAUACGAUUCCGUAUCCUACAUGGACUGUUUACAGAUACCACACCUACAACCCAUCAUGGUGCAGUAUCUGGAGGUCGUAGACAGUCAGUUGCAGACUUAUCCGCAAGUAACGAUUUGGCAGCAAACUCUACAAAAAUACCUCCUUAUUCAUUAACAUGCACAAUUCAAGAGGAUGGUCUGGGCUUACUCUCUUGGUGGGGUAGCUAAACGAGUUCAAACAAUGAAAACAUUUUUCUUCAUAAUCAUUAUUUCCUUAUUUCUUUUCUUUUCUUUUUUUUUGGAUGUAUUUCGAUGUCUCUUCUAAUCUGGGAAAGCGUAUAUGCUUUGAAAUAAAUACAUUGAUAAACAACUUUCGCAUGGU